CUCUCACUCACUCUCUCACUCUGUCAGUGUAGACAGUUAAAGAGCUGAACCCCAGCCUGAGCUGCGAACGGUGAGGAAAAGAUAAAGAGCCGGCUGAGGGAGGACUGACAGAGCUGCCACCUUGCUGGAGAGGCUGCAAGACAGAGCGGUGGCACAAGAGAGCAAAGCAUCAUUUUCUUGGCUUCACUGAAUGUGCAAAGACCCGGAGGACCUCCUCAUCUUACCUGCCGGGACUUGUGAGAAAAAGUAGAUUGCACUCGUGCAGAACCUUCACUGUUAACCAGGAUUGGCCUUUAGUCAGAGGUUCAAACUGAUUAAUUUUAGGAAGUCAAGGUCCCUCAUCUAGCAUGGGUACAAGAGGCCUUCUGGGCUGCCUCCUCCUGACUGCUUUGCUCAGCUUUUCAAAUGCUGGGCUUGUGAAGAAAAUCCUACGGCAUCGACGACAGACUCUGGCAUCCCCUAAAGAACACAACAUCACCCUGCCCAGUGCAGAUCAUCCUGUGGUGUUCAACCAUGUCUAUAACAUCAAUGUUCCUGCCAGUGCUCUAUGCUCAGUGGACCUAGACGCUCCAGAGAACAAGCAGCUCCUUCCCAAUGACGCUGCAGUUUCCCCGGGCUAUCGCGCCACUGAGCACACCCUCGAUGGAGAGAACCAGAUUGUCUUCACCCACCGCAUCAACAUUCCUCGGCGGGCCUGCGGUUGUAGCGAUGACAUGCCGGGUCUGAAAGACCUCAUGAGCCGGUUGGAGAUGCUUGAGGGAGAACUUUCAGCAUUGAGAGAUCAGUGCAAUGGUGAUGGUAACUGCUGCAGUGCACAAGUCACAGGUGAGGUGGGAACUAAGCCUUACUGCAACGGUCAUGGAAACUACAGCACUGAAACUUGUGGCUGCAGUUGUGAGCCUGGAUGGAAGGGACCCAACUGCACCGAGCCCGAGUGUCCCAAUAACUGCCAGGACCGAGGCCGCUGCGUGGACGGAAAGUGUGAGUGCUUCAAGGGCUUCUCUGGAGAAGACUGCACCAUCAAGGUUUGCCCUGUGGAAUGCGGAGAGUACGGACAGUGUGUGGACGGCAUUUGCGUCUGCUCGGAUGGUUACUUCGGAGAAGACUGCUCUCAGACAAAGUGCCUCAACAACUGCCACGGCCGCGGCCGCUGUGAGGACGGAGACUGCGUAUGCGAUGAACCUUGGACUGGCUUUGACUGCUCUGAACUCAUCUGUCCUAAAGACUGCUACGACCGCGGGAGCUGUGUGAACGGCACCUGCUACUGUGAAGAGGGCUACACGGGGGAGGACUGUGGAGUACGCACCUGUCCCAACAACUGCCACGGUAACGGUUUCUGUGUUGAAGGAAAGUGCGUCUGCACCGCCGGCUAUAGCGGAGAAGACUGCUCUCAGCUCACCUGCCUCAACGACUGUAACGACAGAGGUAUCUGCUCCAACGGGAUAUGUAUCUGUGAUAUGGGCUACCAAGGUGAAGAUUGCAGCCAGUUAGCAUGUCUGAACAACUGUAACAACAGAGGCCAGUGCAUAAAUGGACAGUGCGCAUGCGAUGUCGGUUUCCAGGGAGAUGAUUGCUCUGAGCUGUCAUGUCCCAACAACUGCCAGGACAGGGGGCGCUGUGUUAACGGCCAGUGCGUGUGCGAUGAAGGCUUCACUGGGGAGGACUGCAGCAUCAGGACAUGCCCCUCAGACUGUUACGGCCGUGGGGAGUGUAUUGAUGGACGCUGUGAGUGUCACGCAGGCUUCACUGGCGAGGACUGCAGCGAGCUGAGCUGUCCUAACAGAUGCAGCAAUCGUGGCCGAUGCAUUGAUGGGCAGUGUGUUUGUGAUGAAGGCUUCUCUGGUGAAGACUGCGGUCUGAAAGCUUGUCCCAACGACUGCAUGGCCCGAGGUUUCUGUUCUGAUGGCAAGUGCAUCUGUGAGGAGGGCUUCACAGGAGACGACUGUUCCGGGCUCGCCUGUCCAGAUAACUGCAACAACAGGGGUCGCUGCAUCAACGGAAGGUGCACAUGUGAGAGUGGAUAUGAAGGAGAAAGCUGCGCAGAUCUGAGCUGCCUCAACAACUGCCAGGACAAAGGCCGCUGUGUGAACGGUCAGUGCGUCUGUGAUGAGGGAUACAUUGGAGACGACUGCUCAGAAGUGUCUCCUCCAAAGGACCUCAAUAUCGGCAAGGUCACAACCGACACAGUGGAUCUCUUGUGGGACAACGAGAUGCUGGUGACCGAGUACCUUGUGACUUAUGUGCCCACCAGUCCUGGUGGUCUUCUCCAGGAGUUCACCGUGCCUGGAGACAAAAGUGCCGCAACUGUCAAAGAGCUUGAACCUGGCAUCGAGUACCAGAUCAACGUCUACGCCGUUCUGAGCAACAAAAAGAGCAUCCCUGUCAGUGCGAGGGUGGCCACAGCUCUUCCACAGCCAGAGGGUUUAAGAUUCAAAUCAGUGAGUGAGACCUCAGUAGAGGUCGUGUGGGACCAGCUGGACAUCUCCUUUGAUGGCUGGGAGAUCUAUUUCCGCAACACGAAAGAAGAUAAUGGUAAAAUCGUGAGCAAUCUUCCACCCUCCCAAAACCAGUUCAUCCAGUCAGGUCUCGGACCAGGACAGGAAUAUGAAGUUUCCAUCAACAUCAUCAAGAACAACACCAGAGGACCCCAGACAUCCAAAACAGUCACUACGAAUAUCGACGGCCCCCGUCAGGUGGAGGUGAAAGAUGUGACGGACUCCUCGGCUCUGGUCAGCUGGUCCGAGCCGGUGGCUACUAUAGACAAAGUCACCAUGGUUUAUGGGUCCAGCGCCGACCCCACAGAUGUAAUCAGCGCGGAUGUUACCUCCCCAGACAAGCAGUACAGCAUUGACGGUCUGAAGCCGGACACUGAGUACGUAGUGACCCUCAUCUCCAAGAGCAAACACAUGAGCAGCAAAGCUGUCACCACCACGUUCACUACAGCCCUGGACGCCCCUAAGGACCUGCAGGCUGUUUCCCAGACAGACAGCAGCAUCACUCUUGAGUGGAGUAACAGUCAAGCUGAUGUUGGCAGCUACCGAGUGAAAUACAGCCCCAUCUCCGGCGCCGCUCAUGGUGAGGAAGUGUUCCCACGAGGACCAGGAGACACCACAAAAGCUACUAUCACUGGGCUAAAGCCAGGGACGGAGUAUGGGAUCGGAGUGACUGCCGUGAAGAAAGAGAGAGAGAGCCUCCCAGCUACGACAAACGCAGCAACUGACCUCGAUCCUCCCAGAGAUUUGGAGCAAGUCGAGUCCACAGAGACCUCCAUCACCCUGAGGUGGCAGAAACCUCGAGCCAAGGUCACCGGCUACAGGCUGGUGUACAUCUCCAAAGACAACCAGGUCGACGAGGUGGAGAUCCCAGGCACAGCGACUAGCCAUGUCAUACGCAACCUGACUCCUGGAAUGAACUACGGCCUCACCUUGACCGCAGAGAGGGGUCACAGGAGGAGCACACCUGUCACUGUGUCUACAUCCACAGCGUCUUUCACAUUUUAUUUAUCUGACUCAGACGACCGUGAGCUAACGACUCCUGCAGGCUCAGAGGACAAUGUCAUUAGCUUUGCGUAUUUAGACACCUCCGAGUCCCAUUUCUCUGGGACGGAGCCUGACGAUGAGCUGGGAACGCUGACUAUCUCAGGCGCCACACCUGAUGGAUUUGACCUCACGUGGGAACUAAAGGGUCACGGUGUCUAUGAUAGUUUCGCAGUAGAAUAUAAAGACACUCAGCGUUUGCAGGAUGCGAGAGAGGUCCGACUUCCUGGAAAUGCCACUGGCUCUAGAAUCCAGGGCCUGAACGCAUCGACAGAAUAUCAGUUAAAGCUUUAUGGGAUAACCGGUAGCCAGAGAUCUGCGCUACUUGAAGCUGUUGCAGUCACAGCAACCAAGCCUACCUCUCCAGAUGUACUUUCGCUGAGCAUCAAAGAUGCCCCAACAACCCCACAGUCUGCUUCGGAUAUUGGAGCAGUUCAAACCCCAGAACCCCUCCGUCCUCUAAGCACAGAGGCUCCUUCCUCUACUGAUACUGAUGUGACAAGCUCUGGGGCUGAGCCUGAAAGCUCAACCCUGGAUGUAUUGGGAGACCUCACAGUCACAAAUGUUACCGCCAGUAGCGUAAGCCUGGUUUGGUCGGCGCCUGAUGAGGUGUUUGAUAGCUUUUUGGUGGAGCUAAGUGCUCCGUCAGCUUUGAUACAAGCUCAUGUGACCACCGUACCAGGAAGUAUGAGGAAGGCUGAAAUAGAGGGCUUGUCCCCCUCGACACGCUAUGAUAUUAUAAUACAAGGGCUGGUGGAAGGAGAGAGAUCUUUACCUCUCAGAGGUUUUGCUACUACAGAGGAGCUGAAGCCCAUGGUGGUGAACCUCACCAUCUCUGACAAUACAUGGGACGGCUUCACUGCGUCCUGGAUCCCCAUGGGUGGGGAAUUUGACAGCUUUGUCAUUGAGGUAACAAACUUGGAGAAUAUCGCAGAGAGCCAGAACCUCUCUCUUUCCGGAGACGCUUUGAGCCUGGGCAUCUCCGGGCUGAAUCCCAACACCAGCUACAUGGUUGGCCUGUAUGGGAUGUAUCAGGGCUCCUUCCUUGAGCCCCUGUACACUGAAGCCGUCACAGUGAAUCAGCCAUUGGUUGGCAAACUAUAUGUCUCAAACUUAACGUCAGAGAGCUUUUCAAUCUUCUGGAACGACACUGAAGGAGAAUUUGAUGGUUUUAUCCUGGAGAUUAUUGAUUCUGAUUGGCUGAUGGAGCCAAAGGAAUUUAACUUAUCCCACAAUGCAAUGUCCCAUGACGUCACAGGGCUCAGGCCCAGCACUGACUAUAUAGCCUACCUCUAUGGGACAUACAAGGGAUCCAGAACAAGCGCUGUCAGUAUUGUUGCAUCAACAGCUAAAGAGCCUGAUCUGUCCAGGCUAGUUGUUUCUAACAUUACCUCAGACAGAUUCUCUCUGUCGUGGCGGACAGGAGAGAACACUUUUGAUAUCUUUAUAGUAGAAGUCAGAGAGUCUGCUUUGCCCUCGCAGGCAAUGGGGCGCGCUCUGCCAGGAGACGUGCGCUCCACAGUCAUGGCCGGGCUCAAAGCGAGCACAAGCUACAACAUAAAGCUGUACGCCAGCGUUGGUGGCCAGAACACACAGCCGCUAUUUGCUGUAGCUACAACAGAGGAUGUCCCACAGUUGGGGCCCAUAGCUGCUUCAUCUGUGAGCCCACAUAACCUCAGCUUGUCCUGGAGCACAGUGUCGGGCCAUUUUGAUGGCUUUGUUGUCCGGGUCAGCGACCCUGAGCAGCAGUCUGAUACGCUGGAGUUCAGACUGCCUGGUGAAGUCCGUAACUUUACGAUCUCUAACCUGAUGGAUGCCACAGGCUAUGAUAUUGAACUGUAUGGUAUUUCUCAUGGGCGCCAAACUCCCUCUGUGUUAGCCCACGCCGUCACAGCUCCUUUGCCUAAAGUGGAAAACUUGACCAUUUCCAACAUAACCCCCUACGGCUUCCGUGUGUCGUGGGAGGUGAAGCAGCAGCAGCAACUGCAGCAGCCGGAGGAAUUAGCCCCCUCUAGCGGUGGCUUCAGACACUUUCACAUAGUGGUGACAGACUCCGGCUGGCUGCUGGAGCCUCAGGAGUUCACUGUGGCAGGAAACGAAAGUCACCUGGACAUCUGGGGCCUCAUCACCGGCAUAGGCUAUGAGGUCAGGCUGACCGGGGUGUCAGAGUCAGGGCUUCUCUCUCGGCCUCUGACUACAGUGGCUGUGACAGAGGCUGAGCCGGAGGUGGAGCAUCUUUUUGUCUCGGACAUCACAGCUGACAGUUUCCGUCUGUCGUGGACGUCUGAUGAAGACAUGUUUGACAGAUUUGUGAUCAAAAUAAGAGACAGCAAAAGAUUAGCCCAUCCUCGGGAGUACAGCGUCCGCGGUGAUGAGCGAACCAAGGUUUUAACUGGACUCAUGGGUGGCACUGAGUAUGAAAUCGAGCUUUAUGGUGUCACAUUGGACCGACGCUCCCAACCUAUUACUGGGGUUGCUCAGACAGGCCUGUCAACUCCAAAAGGACUGCACUUCUCUGAAGUGACUGAAUCCUCAGCCAUAGUUCACUGGUCCCUGUCGAGCUCUACAGUGGAUAACUACCGCAUCACCUAUGUGCCGUUCGAAGGAGGAACCCCAAUGAUGGUGACUGUGGAUGGCGACGUGUUAGAGGCUUUGCUGCCCAAUAUGAUCCCUGGCAAGUUGUAUCAGGUGACUGUCAGCGCUGUGAAGGGUCUGGAGGAAAGUGAUCCCAGCACAGACACUGUAACCACAGCUUUGGACAGACCUCAGGGUCUGACUGCAGUUAAUGUCACCGACAUCUCUGCUCUGUUGCUGUGGCAACCCUCUGUAGCCACUGUUGAUGGCUAUGUGAUUACUUACAGUGCUGAUACAGUGUCCUCAGUGGUGGAGCAUGUUUCUGGGAACACGGUGGAGUUUGAGAUGGGCUCCCUGGUUCCAGGAACUCAUUACACAGUCGGAGUGCAUGCGAUGAAAGAAGCUCAGAAGAGCGCUUCUGCUGUUACUGAAUUCACCACCGAUGUGGACCCUCCUCGUGAUCUGACAGCUACUAACAUUCAAACCGACAGUGCGACUCUCACAUGGAAACCUCCGCAGGCUGCUGUCACUGGUUACACGCUCACCUUCUCCUCUGCUGAUGGUACAAUCAGGGAGGUGGUUCUAAGCCCGACAGCCUCCUCUUAUAGCAUGGUUCAGCUAACUGGUUCUACAGAGUACAGCGUCAAACUGCAGGCCAUCGCUGGAACCCAGAGGAGUCGUCACAUUACCACCAUCUUCACUACCAUUGGACAGCUGUACAGAUACCCCAAGGACUGUGCUCAGAUUUUACUGAACGGAGAGACGACUUCUGGUCUGUACACCAUCUAUGUGGGUGGAGAGGAGAGUCAACCAAUCCAGGUUUACUGUGACAUGACAACAGACAGCGGAGGAUGGAUGGUUCUCCUGAGACGCCAGAAUGGAAAGCUGGAUUUCUUUAGGAACUGGAAGAACUACACCGCUGGCUUCGGUAACAUGAAUGAUGAGUUCUGGCUGGGUCUCUCCAACCUCCAUAAGAUCACUGCUUCUGGCCAUUAUGAAGUGCGAGUGGACAUGAGGGACGGCGGGGAAUCAGCCUUUGCUCAGUAUGACAAGUUCACGAUUGCAGAGCCAAGAACACGCUAUAAAAUCUCCAUAGGAGCAUACAGUGGAACAGCAGGUGACUCCAUGACUUACCACCAGGGUCGGCCAUUCUCCACCUAUGACAAUGAUAAUGAUAUUGCUGUCACCAACUGCGCCUUGUCCUACAAAGGUGCCUUUUGGUAUAAAAACUGUCAUCGUGUCAACCUCAUGGGGAAAUAUGGUGACGACAGUCACAGUAAGGGGAUCAACUGGUUCCACUGGAAAGGCCACGAACAUUCAAUCGAAUUUGCAGAGAUGAAGAUUAGACCGGCCAACUUCAGAAAUUUCGAGAGCAGAAAAAAACGAUCAUAGACUUGUGAACCCCCUUCCUCGUAUACACCUCAUCUCCAUCCCCCGAGCCUCGUCAGCUGUCACGAACUUCUGCGAUCCCUCAGCUUGAAAAUCAUUCUCUAAAAUACACGUAAAACCACACUGAAUGUAAUCCAAGUGGCUGUGAGAAACGAACCUGGUAACAUCACACCAAAGAAUCAAACAAUUAGCCGUUUUUAGCGUAGCUGUCCCAAUUUGGCACUGUUGUACGUGUGAUUACGUUUCUGCGUUCCCACAUUUUGGGUUCCAAGAGAAAAGUAGCUAUUGAGUUUGAUUAGUAUGAAUGGAUAUACAUGUGUUAUUGGGACCAAACAGCUGUAUAAAUAUGAGAAUUAAUUGUAAAAUUGUGUGAAUGGAUCCACUGAAUCAGUAACAUGUCAAGGGCACAUAAUCAGAAGGCAUCAGGCCACUCACAUCCCCUCAAGUAAUGGGAUAAAAGAUAAUUCAGUGGCGUUGUAUUUUAAAUUAGUUGACUGAGUUAUGGAUAAAAAAUAAUUUAUAAAAUGAUACAUAAUGAACUCCAUACAUUUUUUUUCAUAUGUUGAUUGUGCAACCAAGAGAACCAUCUGUCAAGAUUUCGCAUUUGGAGGCCACUAAUACUGUUGAAUUCAUAUUUAAGUUGUGAUUUACUUAUUUUGAUAGGAAAUGAAUCUGAUGCUCUG